AUGAAGACCAACUCUCUUCUCCCCCUGCUGAGUCUCUCCGGCGCCGCUGUUGGCGCCGCUGUGAACAGCCACAAGCAGACUCCCUUUGGCUACACCUCCGGCUCGAAGGAGUCGAUUGCCAACAUGAAGGACAAGGUCGAGAAUGUGGUCUGGAUUCUGAUGGAGAACCGCGGCUUCGACAACAUUCUGGGAGGCGUCCACAAGAAGGAGCUUGACAACGUCGUCAACAAUGGUCCCUUUUGCAACCCUGUCUCGGUCGCUGAUCCCAAGGGCCAGACGAUGUGCAGUCAGUUCAAGGACUUUGACUCCGUCACCCACGACCCGGACCACUCGGUCACCGGUGUCAACUUUGAGCUCUACGGCACCUGGAACCCUGAUAAUGCGGCCAUUGCCAACGGCACGCUGAAGCCCAACCUGUCAGGAUUCGUCCAGCGUCAGGCAGAGCGAUACAAGAUCGACGACAAGCUCGCCACUGAGGAGGUGAUGGGUUACUACUCCGAGAAUGAGAUCCCCACCAUGGUGGAUCUGGUGAACGAAUUCACUACCUUCAACUACUGGCACUCGUGUGUCCCCGGUCCUACCAACCCGAACCGUCUGUGUGCCGUCGCUGGUACCCCUGACGGUCACGGUACGAACGACAACGACUUCGACGUCUCCGCCAUUCCCAUUAAGAGUAUCUUCGAGGUGGCUUCCAGCAAGAACAUCACCUGGAAGAACUACGAUGGCACCAACGGCGCCUUCCUGUCCGACGCCAUGUUCUUUGAAUGGACCGCCGCCAACGCCAAGUCCAACGUCGUGCCUCUCGAGCACUUCUUCCAGGAUGCUCUCCUCGGAACCCUCCCCAAGCUCUCCUACAUCAACCCCUCCUGCUGCGGGAUCGACACCAACUCCAUGCACCCCUCUGGCCAAAUCUCCACCGGCCAGGUCCUCCUGAAGCAGAUCUACGACUCUCUGCGCGCCAGCCCCCAGUGGGAGAAGACCAUGCUGCUGAUCACCUUCGACGAGACCGGUGGCUUCUACGACCACGUUGCUCCUCCCUUGGCCGUCCGCCCCGACGACAAGACCUACACCGAGACCGCCAAGGAUGGCAGCGUCUACACUCUCAACUUUGACCGUCUCGGGGGCCGUAUACCCACUUGGCUCAUUUCUCCUUACGCCGCCAAGGGUCACGUCGAGAACAUGGGUGUUGACCCCGCCACUGGCGAGACCUCCUCCUACUCUGCCACUUCGGUCCUGAAGACUCUGUCUUAUCUCUGGGACAUCGAGGACAUGUCUCCCCGCGUCUCCCACUCUCCUGCCUUUGAUCACUUGAUCGGUCCCAAGGCUCGCAAGUCUGCUCCUCAGACCCUGGCCGUUCCUCACCCUUUCCCGGAGGCGGUUUAG